AUGCACAACUCUGACUCGGACGAGAUCGAGACCCGCCCAGAUGGCGGCCUUGAGCUGGGAAACACCUCCAUGAACACCCUGGAAGUGGUCGAAGGGUGUUUAUUCUCAAUCCUGGUGGGUAUGCUUGGCGGCGAUUCCUACGUGCUGCCAACUUCUGCUGCUCAACAGAUCAACGCGCUUUUCCUCCAGUGCUGGGACAACAAUACCGAUUCGGCUUACGAAAUCCGCGAGAAUUUCUUGAAACUGCUCUGGCAUAUGGUUAUUACCUUGAUCGAGCAAACUCCUCACACUUAUGCAGCUCAGCGUACCAUGGUACACCUGAUUCUGGAGCUGCAAAAGAUACCCGAAGACGAAGCUCGGAUCGCGAGUGGAAACUUGAUCCUACCAUGGAAACAGCUAUGCGGUCUGAAUUCGAGCAUGGAAGACUACCUUCGAUACAAUGGAAUCUUUGGUCGCUUCGUCGAUGCUCAAGCAGUCGAGAGCUGGACCAAUCUCCAUGCCUUCACAGCCACUCUGUUCGGUCGAGGACUGAUGCACUGGAGAUACAUAGGCAUCAUGGUGUUCCACGACACUCUAGAGCAAAACAGCACGGGUAAAAACCAGGAAGCCAAUAUCCAGGCCAUGGCUCAGUGGAUCCGCCACGCCGGGGAAGCCAUGUUCCUCACAUUGCGGCAGCGAGAGCCCAUCAGCGAUCUACACGGCGUUGGCACGACUGGUGAACUCUACUGGGGAGAAGCUGGAUUCUGCCCGGAGAGAUGGUCGUUCUGGAUCAAGCAGGUGUUUAAGCUGGCACAAGUCGCCCCGGAGCACCUCAGACCGCUGGUACUCAGUUCCGCACACCGGAUGGUCGAUAUUUCGGUUCUGGGCGCCGCAAGUCUCAUGUAG